AUGGGUGUAGGAACUGGGGGGAUGGAGGGGAUGCAUCCCCCUCAGGAAAUCAUGCUGGGGGACAGGUAAUGGAGAAAUCCCCCCCAGUUAAAUUUGGCAUAUAUCAUUUUGCUGGCUCAGAAGAAAUAGAAGGGAAGAAAAAGAAGGAAGGAGACUAGCUGAAAGAAAGGUAAGGAGUGCAGAGCAGAAGGAGAGCAAAAGGAAUAGGGAAAUGAGGGGAAAGCAGAAGGAGAGUAAAAGAAAAGGAGGGGAAAGCAGAAGGAGAGGAAAGGAAAAAGAGGGGAAAGCAGAAGAAGAACAAAAGAAAAGGAGGAGAAAGGAGGAGAAAGCAGUAGGAGAGCAAAAGAAAAUGAGGGGAAAGCAGAAGAAGAGCAAAAGAAAAGGAGGGGAAAGCAGAAGGAGAGCAAAGAAAAAGGAGGGGAAAGCAGAAGGAGAGCAAAGGAAAAAAAGGGGAAAGCAGAAGAAAAACAAAAGAAAAGGAGGGAAAAGCAGAAGGAGAACAAAAGAAAGGGAGGGGAAAGCAGAAGGAGAGCAAAGGAAAAAAAAGGGAAAGCAGAAGAAAAACAAAAGAAAAGGAGGGAAAAGCAGAAGGAGAGCAAAAGAAAAGGAGGGGGAAAGCAGUAGGAAAGAUCAGAUCAGAUGGAAAAGAGAGGAGAGCAGGAGUCAAGGAGGAGAAGACCGUGUCAGAAGAAGGCAAAGAAAAGGAGAUUUGAACAGAAAGGACAACGUGGAUGACAAGUGA